CGUUGCAAUGCAGGUUCAUCUCAUCUUUACUCAUCAGUUCACGUAGCUUACUAUUUGUUUUUGGUUUUGUAUUUCGUUCUAAGAAGUUCGAAAUGCCUGGAAGAACUAAGAUAGUCCCUCCACCUCCUGCGAAUUCUUGUCAGCCUGGUAUAGCAACCUCACUUUUAUAUAACGGUUCAAAAUUUCAGGGUCAUCAGAAAAGUAAAGGAAAUUGCUAUGAUGUAGAAGUGGUUCUCCAACAUGUAGAUGAAGAAAAUGCUUAUGUUUGUGGUUAUUUGAAAAUAAAAGGUUUAACAGAAGAAUAUCCAACACUUACUACUUUCUUUGAUGGUGAAAUAAUUGGUAAAAAAUAUCCAUUUCUAACAAGAAAAUGGGAUGCUGAUGAAGAAGUUGAUAAAAAACAUUGGAAUAAAUUUCAUUCAUUUUACCAAUAUGCCAAAUGUUUUAAUUCAGACAACUUUGAUUAUGAUGAACUGAAAAACACUGAUUUUGUAUUUAUGCGAUGGAAGGAGCAUUUUUUAGUUCCUGAUCAUACAAUAAAAGAUAUAAAUGGUGCUUCAUUUGCUGGCUUUUAUUACAUUUGUUUUCAAAAAUCUACAUCAACUAUUGAAGGCUAUUAUUAUCAUAGAAGCUCAGAAUGGUACCAGUCAUUGACUCUGACUCAUGUCCCUGAACAUAGUUUACAAAUAUACGAGUUUCGCUAGCUUCUUUUUACAUCUGAUAUAUUCAUUUGCUGUUUUUACCGUGACAUUUCAUACAAUUUGCCAAAAUAUGGCAUUUUGAAAGUUGUGAUAUUACAUUAGAGUAUUUCUUCUUCAGAUUGAUGAAAUGUCAGAAAUCUUGAUUAAAACAAAAAUAUUAUUUCAAUUAAGUUAUUGUGAAGUUCCGGUGUUUUGUUGUUUAAUCUUAUAAGUUUUUUAUUGUUGAAUUAUUGUUUUUAUCUUUAAGUUAUCAAGAAUAAGUAAUGGUUGAUGGCUUCAUAAAUUCAUAUUAAAUUCUUUAACAAAAUUCUGCAAUGUUGAUAUAGAAAUGGAGUAAUAUAAGUAAUAGAUAAGAUAUAUACAAGUUAUAUCUGAAAAAAUUUCAGCUAUGAAGCCUAAUAAUUGAGAGCACUUUGCAAAAAUAACUAUUCAUAUAAAAAUAUUUGUUUAACUUAAAAGCAACAAUCAAACAGAAAUAUCCAGCUUUAUACAGGAAAUAUGAGUGAUAUUGUGUUCUUAGUUACUCAUAUUUGAAAAAAAAAAUAUUGAAUUGUCUUUUUGAAGUACUUUAUAUUUCAUAAUCAAACGUUUUAUAAGAAUAUUUAAUUUUACAUCAAAGACUGCUCUUAUAAUAAGUUAUUUUAAAAAAUGCUUUUCUUUUAUUAUAUUAAUAACAUAAUUUUAUUUUAAAUAGUAUUUAAUACUUUUUGUUUUGUUUAAUAACACUUCACCCCCCCCCCCUCCCAAUUAUAAUAUUUUUCUAAAUGUUAAUAGAGUUAUUUCUGAAUUUAUAAUAAUAAUAUGGGUUAUUUUAAUUUAUUAUUCAAAAAAUCUUGUUUUAAAGUUACUAAUAGAUAUAUUUUGCCUUUUUGUAGUACAUGAUUCAAUUUUGGGGAAACUUGAUUAUUUCAUUCUACUCAUUUCCUUUAGAAUCUUUGUCUGGUUCAGUUGUUAUUUGAUGUGAAAAAUUUUUAAGUUUGAAAUAAUUUAAAUGCAGGGAAGGGAUAGAAAGGAUGUGAUAAUUGUCCUCUUGUAUGUAUCAUUGGCAUCAUCAAAUUUUAUGUGUGUGUGCAUGUUUGAAUGAUGUAGUUAUUUAUUGAUUUUUCUUCCAUGUUAUUGUUUAUGAGUGGCAUUUAGCUAGUUAACGUUAGUGUUUUAAAAUUGAAAGGUGGUUAAUACAAUUAAACACUGUGUUAUUGUAAUGAGUGAAAUAAAUUUAUCAUAAGUCUUUGAUCCAAAGAAUAAAAUUAUAUAAAAAAUGUAUUUGUAUUUAAAUGUAAUUCAUUCAUUAAUUAUUAACGCUAGCAUUGGAUUUUUUUUUUUUUUUUUUUUUUUUUUGACAAAAAUGAAUUUGCUUGGUAUGCUUAUUCAAAACUGAAAGUAUGCAAGAUUUUUUUCCAUUACAGUUGUUGUAAUGAAAUAUUUAGUUAUGUUCUUUUGUCCACUUCAU